UUGGUCAGAAAUGGAGAUUAACUGGUCAAGGCAUAGUAGAAAUUCUCAGACCUCACUGAAGCCCCGGCGCAGUGGUUAUGAACCAUCUGAUAACGAAACUGAUUUCCUAGAAACCCCAUUUCAUGGCCACCAUAGGAAGAUCAGUGGAGGUUUGGAAUCUGAGGAGACAAAAGCUGCAGGGUUGGAGUUGGCAAGAAAUAUCAGCCCUCUGAAGCACAGGCGGAGGCACUCUCUGAGGUUUGAUUAUGAUGCUUCUGACGCAAGAAAUGAUGCAGUAGUAAGCCCGGUCCGAAUAAGAACCAACAGUAAGUCACCAUACAAGCAAAGAAGAGAAGAUGGUACUGUUCUUUCACCAAUAGCAGGUCCUGAAGCUCGCAGAAAUAUCAGUCCCUUUUCAAAAGCUGAGCGCAGAAGAUAUGUUUCUCCUUUGAAACGAGAAAACGAAGGGCAUGAUGAGAAUGAUGCUGAUGAAAUUGUGAGCUCAAACAGAAAACAGAGCCAAAGAAGGGCCGCUAGAGAUCCUCAGAGCAGAAGAUCAUCUACUGCCCCAAGAGUUCGAGCAAGAUCAGAAGUAGAACAACAAAGCAACCUUAGAACAACACCAGCUGUAAAAGAGAGAACAGCAUCCCCAAUCACAAAAGAGCUGAUUGAGAAACAAAGACAACACCACAAAUCGCCGUCUGUUGGUGAGAUCAAUGAGAUGAUAGCCAAUGCAAAGCUGUCUAGAACUCCUCCAACGUCCAAUAAUGCUCCAUUAGCUUUUGGAAGUUCAGACUCUAUUGCACCAGGUGAUAUCUUCUUCUCUCGUGAAUGCAAGAUCAUGGCACUGCCGAAAAAUGUCAUCCCCAUACCAAAACCAAAGAAUCUGCCUAGAGUCAAAAUUGUUACCCCUAGAGGAAAUGGUUUCGAUUAUAAUGCAAGAGGGACUCCAUCGAGCUAUGGUUUGACACAGACACCUACAACAACAUCAAGCUCUGCAUUGUCAGCAUUUAGUAGGCAAAGCAGUAAGAUGAGUGCUACAAGUGGGAGCACAACUGCUAGUGACAAGAAAUUUACAGCAAAUAGAAAGAAAACUGAAAGUUGCUCGCUGUUUGCUUGUAUGAGAAAGGCAGGCCCUUGUCGGAAAACGAAGUCACCUGAGCCUUUUCCUGUUUUCGAUGAAGCUUCAUUCAUUCAGAAGGCAUUUGUGGUUGAAAGUCUAAGACAGUUUUGGGCUGAUAAGCAUAGACCGGCUUCGUUGAAUGGAUUCACUUGCCACCAGCAAGAAGCUCAACUUCUCAAGGAUCUGGUAAUUGACAACCAAUUUCCCCACAUUUUGUUUACUGGACCAGCCGGUUCUGGGAAGAAAGCUCUAACAAUGGCUUUCAUAAGAGAAACAUAUGGUGAUGCAAGCUGGGAUGAACAAAUGUCGAUGCAAGUAAUGGUUCCAUUGACAUCCAGUGCUCAUCAUAUAGAGCUAAAUGUCCGUGUGGAAGCAAAUGCAAGAUAUGCAUUGAUUGGGCUAGUAAAGGAAAUCAACAGUGAGAAUGAAAUUGCUCCUGAAAUCAGCACUGUUGAUAGCAAGGGAAAUCAUAAAGUGCUAGUCCUUUAUGAUGUUGAUAAAUCAGCAGAACACAUUCAGCAUCUGAUCAAAUGGAUAAUGGACUGUUACUCAGAAGCUUGUAAACUUAUUCUCUGCUGCGAAAAUGAUGAUGACAUUGUUGAAUCAGUGAAAAAUCGGUGCAAAGUUAUCAAGCUUGAUCCUCCUGUGAAUCAAGAAAUUACAGAAGUUCUUGAUCAGAUAGCAAGGAAGGAAAACAUUGACUUACCUAUAAGCUUUGCUAAAAAAAUUGCUCACAAGUCUAAGCAGAACCUAAGGAAAGCAAUCAUGGGCCUUGAAGCAAGCCAAGCACACAACUAUCCUUUUGUAGAUGAGCAACCAGUUCCAAUCGGAUGGGAAGAGAUACUCGUUGAAGUUGCUGCAGAAAUCCUAGCUGAUCCAUCACCAAAGAGGUUAUUUUUCAUCCGGGGAAAAUUCCAAAAGCUUCUUGUGGGUUUUGUACAUCCAAAACUGAUUCUACUGAAACUGGUAGAACAGUUCCUUAAGGCAAUGGAUGGUAAUUCUAAACGGGACCUAUAUUAUUGGCAUGCUUAUUAUGAGAAAAGACUCCCAGCAGGAGCAAGUGCUCUGCUAAAACUAGAAGAAUUUGUGGUGAAAUUCAUGAGCAUAUACCGAAAGAGUGCGAACAGCCGGCAGUAUGUGUAGUUUAUACAGCCUCAUUGAGAGGCAAAGCUCAAGAACUUCCGACCACCCUAUAGGCGGUACAAAUCUUGUAGCAGCUAAUACUGAGUCGGAAUGAGAAGACAUAUUCCCCUGAAGCUUUUCUCCUAGGGUCAGAAUGAUUCAAGAUAUAGCACAUAAACAAAUUUUCUCUUGUUUAGCAUAAAGCAGAUAAAUAAAAGCGCACUCAU